AGUUUGGUCUUUCAAAUUACAGCACGCUGCCAGGUUUCGCACGUUUUCAAAUUUAGACCAACGUCUGCGACUAAGAAGUUUUUUUUUACAUCAAGAGUAACAUAACUGACUUCUUAAACAAGUAUAAUUUGUUAUAGAGUGAAUGUGUGUGUGUGUUUUUUUUCUUAAAGAUUUGUUACAUUCUGCAAGUUUGUUGUUUAAAUCAUGUAGAUGAGUGUUCUAACAUAGUGAUCCAGUAUAGGUUUUUACUUUCAAUGUCUCCAUAAAAUGAACACCUGUGGACAUAAUGGAAGUUAGGGAAAGUUUUACUUAUUUGGCAUGCACAUGAGACAGAACACCAAGUGUCAUUUGGAUCAGAUUAGACAAUGAUCACCAGAAUCUGGUGUCAAGCCGGAAGGGAAUGAUAAAGAAUUGAUAUUUGCAGAAAUAGUAUAUUUAAUGGAUCUGGAUAAACCCAGUAGCUGUUACCGACAGGAAGUGAUAGAAAAUGAUAAACAGGAAAAGGGUUUUUGUUACUCAAUGAGAGCUAAGUAUCCUCUGAAAUACUGAAGGAUGAUGCUUUUUGCUGGAGUUUUGGUUAUUGUAGUGAUUUAUUACAUUGUCUUCUAAAUAAUAAGAAAAUUGUUAUGUACAGUACAACAAAAUAAAUCACAUAUUUUAAUGUAUACAUAGUAGACCUUAAAACAUAGUAAUCUUUCUUGUUGUUUCAUGCCUGUAAUAAAUGUUUUUCCAAAUCUUCUUAAGAGUUCUUCUGUUAAGAAGGCAUUUAUUACAAAACAAAUAUUUUUGGCUGAGAGAACCAAAAUAUAUUUGUUCUGUAAUAAAUUACUGCAGUUUAUGAAGAUCAGUUAUGUUACUUUACACUUAAAUACUAUCUAUAAACAGGAUUAAUUAAAGAAAUUUGUUUGUUGGUUGGCUUUUUUGACUUUAAAAGGAGAAAUUUCUUCAUUACUGCUACCGUUUAGUUAUGAAAAUUAUAAUAAUUAAUACAAUUAGUGAAAGUAUUAUUGCCACUACUGUUCCUUCAGAAGACUGGGGGAAUUCAGAAAACAUUCAUCACAAUAAAUAAUCAAAAAAAUAUAAUGGACAAUGAUUUGAAAAGAAGAAAAUUAUUGAAUGUUAUACAAUAUAAUGAAACUGCCAUAAUGGCGUUCAGAAACUACCUGAUUGAAGAAAGAAAUACAAGAUGUCUAAGUAUCUUUAUAAACAAAUAUCAAGAAACCUUUUUCAGAAGAUAAAAUUAUCAAUUACAAGAUGGGACCGACAGAAAAAUACCCGGCGGAAAUUGGAUUUCGGACGACCACGUGGUGGUUGUUCGAAAAUUUUCAAAAUGAAUAACCAGGAUGCAUUGACAAAGAUAUUUUCAGGAUCUGAAGAAAUCUCAUCUCGUGUGUUGAACAUACCUGAAGUUCUACUACACAUAUUUAAAUAUUUAGACGAUCGAGAAUUACAACAUUGUGGCGAAGUGUGUAGUUUAUGGAAAGACGUCACCGAAGAAGUCCUAUAUAAGAAAAUAGCAAUCUUUCGUAAGAAAAUACCAAUUACGAUUCUGAACACGUUACCGGACAAUUCUGAAAAACUACGUUCUGUUGUCGGAUAUAGUGAUAAGUUUGAGUACUUGUGGUUUCAUUUGGAACCAUUUGAUCUUUGCCAUUCAGUGAAACCACAUUCUCCUAGACUUUUAACUACACGGAUAGAAGAGGAAUUAUGCCAUGCACGUGUUUUUGUCCAUAAAAAUAAGGACGGAGGAAACAUUCAACUACCAUUUAAUGUUCACUCACCAACAGAAGACGAAAUCGAAAUAAAUAUUGCAAUGUUUCCAUCAGUUCCAGGCUUCAAUAUUCGUCAUUUUUCAUUUACAUCCAAAAAAUGCCUUAGAAUUCGUCUAGAAAAGAUGCCAUACGUUUCAGAGUUACUCCAGAUACCAGAAAAGAAACUGAAGUGUGUCAUCGGAUUUACGGAUUAUGGGAUCGAUUUCCAUGACGAUGGGAAUGGUGCAUACAAUGGUUACUCGCUUGAAAAACAUAUAACAAGGGGCAUUGCUUUCUAUGGUGAGAGAGUUCAGGCAGUUAUUUUACGUAUCGACCGCAGUUAUUAUUGUAUCAAAGAAAAUUUCGACAGACUAAAACGAUUGAAACCUAAAAUAGUGAAAGAGAAAUGUUUCGCAUUUAUCUUUUUUUCGUAUAUAAGGAAGAAAGGUAUAAAUGAAAUAGUAGAAGCGUUCAAAGCAGAAUUUCCUUUCUUUCCCUUUCUUGUUCAUCACUGUUCUCCUACAUUUGUAGUGUUGAAUCAACUCGAAAAUUACAAUUUCGAUUGUGUGAAAAAUAUACCAUUUAAAGAAUUUGCACGUAUAGUUUUUGUAUGGUACGAAUGAAAAUGUAGUGAUAAAAUGCAAUAUUUUUCUUCUCUUAGAAAAUUGAAUUAUGUCACAACAUUGUACAGUACAUUCCUUUGUAUUGGAAUAAGUUGUUUUAAAAAUAGUUUAUUGUAUUGUAGAGUUUGUGGUUGUGUAAAUACUUUUGUUUUGUAUAAAUAAAUAGUGUUGUAUACAAUUUUAGAUUCUUUUAU